AUGACUUCUGUGGUACCCCUUGAGAAUGCUACAUUCAUUCGCCCCCCUACAUUUUACGUCAAUGGAUUGUACAACAUGCCACAUGCAAAUUACUACUAUAUGUUUUUGUGUUUUGUGUACGCUGUGACUGUUUUAGGGAAUUCUUUUAUAAUGGGCACUAUAUACCUGGCACGCACUCUGCAUACAGCAAAGUAUAUAGCUGUCUUCAACUUGGCCUUGUCUGAUCUGGGUGGAAGCUCUGCUCUUAUUCCAAAGUAUGCAGACAUGUUUCUGCAUGAGAACCAGUACAUAUCUUAUGAAGACUGUCUGACAAGCAUGUUUUUUGUUUUUCUUUUUAUGACUCUGCAGUCCUUUACUCUGCUUGCUUUGUCCUUUGACAGAGUAAUUGCUAUAUGUUUUCCUCUGAGGUAUCAUGCUAUUGUCACUAAAACCACAAUGACUCUGAUCAUAGGUGUUAUAUGGGUUAUCUCUGUAUCUAUUGUUACUGUCCUUGUAGCUCUGGUUACCAGACUGUCCUUCUGUAGAUCUACCGUAGUUGGCAGUUAUUUCUGUGAUAAUGGCCCCAUUUUCAGGCUUGCCUGUAAUGAUAAUUCUCCUAAUUACAUGAUGGCCUACGUCUAUGUUUCUGUUGUGCUUUGCAUUCCAUUGACACUAAUAGCUUUCUCGUAUGUUUGUAUUGGUGUUGCAUUGCUUAAGAUCUCACAUGGGGCUGAGCGAAUCAAAGCUAUGAAAACCUGCACUUCCCACCUCAUAUUAGUGGCCAUGUUUUAUCUACCAAUCUUUAGCGUUUACAUUACUGCUCUUACAACAUAUCUACAUCCAAAUACUAGAAUAAUCAACUCAGUCCUAACACAAACAAUUCCAUCCAUGUUAAACCCCAUCAUAUAUUCUCUGAAGACAGAGGAGGUCCUGCAGUCUAUAAAAGUACUUUACAAACGAAUCAAGGUGAACUUUACGAUUGAAGAUUCAAUUAAAAGUAUUGCAAAGAACUGA